AUGAACGACCACGGGAGGAAGUUGAGCUGGACCGCGCAGCUGUCACCAUACCUUCGGGGUCUUAAGAUGAAGAACAUCAAGCCUUCUCCGAAACCUUCCAAAUCGCCAAAGUCGCCGAGAAAUUUCCGUGAGGAUGACUCGGGUUUCCGAAUCACCCACACGCCCGACAGGCCAGAACGUCCAAUCUCACGGACGGCGAUACCAACCGAUGAACAGUGCAUGGAAUUCCUCAUGUCUUUGCAGAGGCAGGAGGAACAUCGGAGAGGCGGCAUCAAGAAGGGUCUCAAGAUGUGGCCAUAUUCCCAAGAGGACGACCCUGAAGACCGCAGGUAUCUCCGGAGCGUAAGGGUCGAGAGCGUGCAAUUCGAGGAGGCACGACUCGCCAGGACAAAUUCGUCUGGCCCGGCCAGGGUGGUGGACGUCGGCAGAAGCUCGACGAAAUCAACGCUGGCGACACCCAGCGUCAGCGACGCGGGGGAGGAGGAGGAGGAGGACGACGACGACGACAACGAGUCGAUCGUCGAGCCCAUAAGAUGCACCCACGCAGCUCUCUCUCCGCCACCUACUUUGAACCGCAACCAACCAUAUCUCGAGGUUCAUACGCCGAGAGCCAACACCUCACGCUGGUCUGAUGACAGCCUCGAAUCUCGAUUAUCGUCAAGAGAGCACGACUCUCCUUGUGCACAGCGGUGCCAGCGGGUAACCCUCCGAUCAUCGACCGAGGCAUCGUCGUCGCCUACCGUCUUUGGCGAUGACUCGAUGGAGCCUUCCACACCGUCGCCGCUGACGCCGGUAAAGAUUCAAUCCGCAACACCGUUCACCGAUUCUCAUCUCCGGGCCGAGACUGGCCUGAUUACCCCUCCGCCAUCGGACCAAGUCGCUCACCUGAUGCACAUCAACCCGGCACCGGUGCCGCGGAAGUACUCAUGGCGGUCGUCUAGAGACACAGUCCUCAACGCCGAGGCUCCGGCAUCCAAGUCCCCAUCUUGGCUACCCGAGCCGUGGCCCAGAGAAGAGGCCAAAAAUCAACAGCAGGGUGGCGAGCCGGAGGUGUACGGCGACUGGGCGGAUUACUAUUUCGAGGACGGCAACUUUUGGGACGGGUACUCAGAAGAAGACGACACGAGGGUAGAAGGAGAAAGCGAUGCGGAUGAUGAACAAAAUGAGCACAGUACCGAUGAGGAAGACCAACAAGAGGAGAAAGAUGAGGACCAAAAGGACAGGCGUCAAGCUGAUGGAGGGGUGUACCCGCGGUACGAGAGCUUCAUCAAGGACUAUAAGAAGAACAUCAUGAGUAUCGAGGCAUAG